GUGUGGCCAUGAUUCCCUGUCUGGGGGCAGACUGAACACUAGCCAAGGCUUUACCCAGACCUGUCACAGUGACUCAGCCCGUCUCCACUUCACUUGGAGCAUGGAGGCUGCAGAAUAGACCAUGGAAUCUCUUCCUCUCCUCCUGGGUUUCUCCUGAAUCCAACUGCCUUUCCUUGGGGACCAUGUGGAGACUGCCUUUGUGUGGUUUGGUGCUGUGGUGCCUUUUUGAGAAGACCAUGGGCAUUACCAGAAAAUACUACAUUGGAGCUGUGGACACCGAGUGGGACUAUAUGCCCAGCCGUCAGAAGGGGACACCAUCCUCCACCACAACUACUCAGUACAAGAAGGCUCUAUAUCUAGAAUACACAGAUGCAACCUUCACGCAAACGAAACCCAAACCUGCCUGGAUGGGCCUUUUGGGUCCCACCAUCCGAGCAGAAGUCUAUGACAAGGUGGUCGUCACCUUUAAGAACCUGGCUUCCCAUCCGUUCAGCAUCAGCGCCAUAGGGGUGUCCUACUGGAAGACGUCGGAGGGAGCACGCUAUGAUGAUCAGACCAGCUGGCCAGAGAAAGAAGAUGACGCCGUGCAGCCUGGUCAGACCCAUACUUAUGUAUGGGAGAUCUCAGAAGAUCAAGCACCAACUGUAUCUGACCCAGAAUGCUUGACCUAUGCCUACUCCUCUCGCGUGGACAGCGUCAAGGACACCAACUCUGGCUUGAUUGGGGCACUUCUAGUCUGCAAGCCAGGAAGCCUGAGUGAAGAAGCUCUGAGCAAGGUGCAAGAGUUUGUGCUGCUCUUUGCAGUAUUUGAUGAAGCCAAAAGCUGGUACUCGGAAUACAACCCUUUGGACAACAGGACUCAACUGCACACUGUCAAUGGCUACAUGAAUUCCUCCCUACCUGAUCUAAAGGUGUGCCAGAAGAAACAAGUCCACUGGUAUGUUAUUGGCCUGGGCACCAGGUCAGAAGUCCACUCCAUUUUCUUUGAGGGCCACACUUUCCUGGUGAGAAACCACCGGCUUGCCACACUGGACAUCUCGCCAGCUAUCUUCCUCACUGCUGUGAUGAUACCCAGCACCAGUGGAACAUUCCAGAUGUUCUGCCAGAUCCCAUCUCACCAGCAAGCUGGUAUGGAAGCGGAGGUUAAGGUGGAAGUCUGUCCAGAGCCACCCAAGAAGUUGAUGAGGCUGGCAUCAAUUCCAGAUGAAAAUGACUAUGAUGGUUAUGAUGGCUAUGAUGGUUACGACUAUGAUGCGUCCAGGGAGAGAGUCAGCAUGGAUGAGCCUGUCUCCAGGAUCGAUGUCCGUUCUGGUGCUAAGAAGCUGCCUGUCAUCUGGAGGCAUUAUAUCGCAGCAGAAGAGAUAGACUGGGACUAUGCCCCAGUGAAACCCACUUACCUGGACAGCAAUUACAGCAAGCAGUUUCUGGAGCCUGGCCCCCAGAGGAUCGGUUCCAAGUAUAAGAAAGCAAAGUAUGUGGAAUAUGAGGAUGAAACUUUCACAAAGCCAAAGGUGCCAACGAUAGACAACAUGGGGAUUUUGGGGCCUGUCCUCAAAGCAGAAGUUGGUGACGAAUUCAUGAUUGUGUUCAAGAAUCAAGCCAGCCGGCCGUACAACAUAUACCCCCAUGGCCUCACCAACGUCACUUCCUUUUACCCUAUAAAGAAAGCCAAACAUCUAGACAUGAAGUUAUUGGCCAUUCAAGCCCACCAUUGGAUGGUGUACAGGUGGAAAAUAAUGCCUGAGGAUGGACCAACCAAAUCGGAUCCCCGCUGCCUGACUCGUUUCUAUUACAGCUCUGUCAAACCUGCCCAGGAUUUAGCCUCCGGACUUAUCGGACCCCUGCUGAUCUGCUUGAAAGAGACCAUGGACCAAAGAGGGAAUCAGAUGAUAUCAGAUGAAGCGAAAUUUGUGAUGUUUUCUGUCUUUGAUGAAAACCGAAGCUGGUACUUGGCAGAGAAUAUCCAACGAUUCUGUACUGAUGCGGCCAGCAUCAACCACCGGGAUCCAGAGUUCUAUGCUUCCAACGUAAUGCACAGUAUCAAUGGCUACGUCUUUGAUAACCUCAACUUGAAGCUUUGCCAGAACAAAGUGGUGUACUGGUAUGUCCUGAAUGUGGGUGCCCAGACUGAGAUCCUGUCUGUCUUCUUCUCCGGGAACACUUUUAAGCACAACGCCGUCUUUGAAGAGACCCUCACACUCUUUCCACUCUCUGGGGAGACUGUCUUCAUGGCCAUGGAGCAUCCAGGUAUAUGGAUGCUAGGAUGCUUGAACCCUGACUAUAGAAGAAGAGGAAUGAGAGCAAAGUUCACCAUUUCCAAGUGCACUGAGAAAAAUGAUUUUGAUGAGGACUAUGAUGGGUAUGAUGAAGAGAUACAAUAUUAUCCUCAACCAAGAGGCUUCUCCAAGAGAAAAAGGAGGCUCAGACCUUGCAUAAAGAAGCAUCAGGACAACAAUGCUGCUACCUCUGCAGAAAAUGAAAUGCAGAAGACUCGCCAGCACCAAACUCCAUGUCUUACAAGGCCCAAGUUGAACAGCAAAGAGAAUUCUACUGACUCACUAUUGCCUUCUCGGGGACUUCCAUACCCAAAUGAUGUUUCUCCUUCUCCCCAAGAGUCCCUCUUUGAGAUCUUUCCCCAGGAUAGCUUUUCUUCUGCUGGAAAGACAUCAGCCAUGUUCCAAGAACCUUCUCUUUCAGGAAAUUCAUAUCUGGCACAUGAAGAAGCACAUGGUACGCAGAGACUGAACGAUGCAGCAACAUCAGAAACAAUGUCUCCCAGUGGAAGCACUUUUCUUAACACAAGUGGAACUUCAGCACCGUUAGAUGGCUUGAAGAGUGAGUCAGUUGUUCAUGACAGGUCCAUGGAGAGUCAAAGCACUAGUCUAUCGAGAUUAGAAAUCAACCCUGGGACUGAAGAUUUAGCUUCACAGAGUAACAUUCAUGACAUGUCACUGGAGAGUCAAAGCACCAGUCUAUCGAGGUUAGAAAUCAUCCCUGGGGCUGAAUAUCUUGCAUCACAGCACAAUGACAUAACCCCUCAAGAUCCAAACAGCUAUUUGUCCCAUAACGCAACUGUCCAAGAGAGCAAGCCAUUCACAACCAGAGAAGCAUUACAGACAGAAAAUUCUGUUUCAUCACUAGUUGAGAAAUCCUUUGUCAGUAUGGGUAAACAUGGCACCUCUGCUCCUUCAAAAGAAGACUUGGUUCUUGACAUGAACAUUGCACAGAUAAUCUCCUAUGACAAAGGGGGUGACCUGAGGUCAUCAGGAAAGAGUUCUAGGAUCCAUGUGACAGAAAAGAUUAUGCAACUCAGAGUGGACACAGCUACUGCAAAUCCAGGUAUUUCCAAUGAACACCAUUUCUUGUUUGCACAGAAUGGUGUGAUGACAGAUUCAGAGAGAGUGACGGGGAAUCCUAAUGUUCUAGACAAGGCCAUAGAUACAAAAGACAUUCUGGUCAGGAAUGAUCAUUUCUCUACACAUCCCUUCCGCACUACUCAGGAAACAAAUGCCUUAACACUCAAGGAGCAUUUUCAAGAAGUCAGCCAAGGCAAGGGUGUCUCAGGGAGACAGAAUGAAGUUGUGCCAGGAUUUGAUGCCACACCCAACAAGAUAGACCUCUUAAAUUCCCAUGGAAUGCUGGAAGUUAUGUUACAGAAUGAAUCCUCGAAGGCUGCGAUAGAGAGGAAGGCAGACAAAGUGGCCACUAAACCAGCACUGGCAGAAAACAAUCUGCUCCCCCAAGAUUACCCGACUGUCAACUGGACCCUUAAAGGGUUGUGGGAGCAAAUUGAGAGAGGGUAUGAAAUCAAUGGUAACAUGCAGAUAUUUGAAGGGAAGAAAAACAAUGAAGAGAUGGGAAGUCCAAUUCAAAGAACCAGCAAAGCUCAGAAAAGAGCCUCAGGAGUCGAGGUUCAUAUGGAGACCCCCACAACAUCUUCUGGCCUCAACAGACGGGUGAAAAUAAACUCCUCAAAGGCCCUGAAGGAGACAUUUGACUAUGAUGACUACAGCAAUACCAUGCAGAAUGAGGAAGAGUUUGAUAUCUAUGAAGAAGAUUACCAUGAUCCACGUACUUUGGGGGGCAAAAUUCGACAAUAUUUUAUUGCUGCCGAGGAGGUGAUGUGGGAUUAUGGGAGCAAAGUUCCCUCACCCUACUUAAAAGACAAUGAUCCCAAGAACAGUUGGAGGAAACCUGCGAAGGCAUACAAGAAAGUUGUUUUCCAAGAGUACCUAGACAGAAACUUCAGCCAGGUAUUGGUCCGUGGAGAAUUGGAUGAACACUUGGGCAUCUUGGGGCCAUACAUCCGAGCCCAGGUUGAUGAUGUCAUCAAGGUGACAUUCAAGAACAGAGCUUCCCGCCCCUACUCCUUCCACUCCAAUCUGCUGCCCUAUGAGGGGGAUGUGGAGGAAGGAAAAGAGCCCAUCCCAAAGGAGGUGCAGCCUAAUGAGGUCCAAGAGUACUCCAUCAAGGUGUUGAAUCAAAUGGCUCCUACGGCCAAUGAGUUUGACUGCAAGGCCUGGUCGUAUUUCUCCAGUGUUAACCUGGAGAAAGAUUUGCACUCCGGUCUAAUUGGGCCUUUGAUAAUCUGCCGGCCUGGAGUGCUGAGUACCACACAUGUUAGACAGCUGGCCAUCCAGGAAUUCUCCCUGCUCUUCACCAUAUUUGAUGAGACCAAGAGCUGGUAUUUUGCUGAGAACCUUCAGAGGAACUGUCCACCUCCCUGUCACAUCCAGAUGGAAGACCCUGCUUUUAUAAGGAGCCAUACUUUCUAUGCUAUCAAUGGCUAUGUGAGAGACACACUGCCAGGGUUGGUGAUGGGCCAGCACAAGAAAGUCAGGUGGUAUCUGCUGAAUGUGGGCGGUGCUGAGGAUAUCCACUCUGUCCACUUCCAUGGGCAAGUGUUCACCAUCAGAAUGGACAAGGAGUACCGCUUGGGAGUUUACAACCUCUAUCCUGGUGUCUUUGAGACGGUGGAAAUGCGCCCAUCUCAUCCUGGGAUUUGGAGAGUGGACUGUGAGGUUGGAGAGCAUGAGCAGGCUGGAAUGAGUGCCCUCUUCCUGGUAUAUGACCAGAAGUGUCAAACGCCUCUAGGCAUGGCCUCUGGGUUCAUUGCUGAUUCUCAGAUCACAGCCUCUGAUCACUAUGGCCAAUGGGUCCCCAAUCUGGCCAGACUGCAUAAAUCUGGGUCAAUCAAUGCCUGGAGUACUGACAAGCAUGACUCUUGGAUCCAGGUAGAUCUGCUAAAACCAACAAUCCUCCAUGGAAUAGAAACUCAAGGAGCCAAGCAAAAGUUCUCUAGCCUCUACAUCUCCCAGUUUGUCAUCUUCCACAGCUUGGAUGGAAAGAAAUGGAAAACAUACAAAGGCAACGUCACCAGCUCUCAGAGGAUAUUCUUUGGGAAUGUGGAUGCAGCAGGCGUGAUGGACAACUACUUCAAUCCUCCCAUGGUGACCCGCUACGUCCGCCUGCACCCGACGCACUACAGCAUCCGCAGCACACUGCGCAUGGAGCUUAUUGGCUGCGACCUGAACAGUUGCUCCAUGCCGUUGGGGAUGGAGAGCAAAGCUAUCUCUAACCAUCAGAUCUCAGCCUCCUCCCACAUUAACCGUGUGUUAGCUACUUGGGCUCCCUCUCUGGCCCGGCUUAAUAUGCAAGGCAGAAUCAAUGCUUGGAGGCCAAAGGUGGACAGCUCGGCAGAAUGGCUUCAAGUGAACUUUCAGAGGACCAUGCGAGUGACGGGGAUUGUGACCCAAGGAGCUAAGGCCUUCUUCACUCCCAUGUAUGUGAGGGAAUUUUCUCUCUCAAACAGCCAGGAUGGCAAGCAUUGGACUCCUGUCCUUCUGGAUGGAAAGACGAAGAUUUUCCAGGGAAAUGAAGAUCAUUUUAGCCCAAUGGUAAACCUUCUGGACACACCCCUCUUUGCCCAGUAUUUGAGGAUACACCCACUCCGCUGGAAUAAUCACAUUGCGCUGAGGAUGGAGUUUCUGGGUUGUGAUACUCAGCAAGCAGCCUAGUAAGGACACGUUUGCUGUUGCCUACAUGGUGAACUUUAACCAGGCUUGGAAUGCACCCAAGCCAAGCUGAAUGGAACAUGUUUAUAUUAUGGACAGUCAAACAAACAAACAAAUACAUGACCUGUAUAUUUUUGAUAAGUGCUUGUUACAUAAGAAACACAUUAAAAUGGCUGAAAACCCCCACGA